AUGCUUCGAGGAUAUAUCGGGAAGCCUCAAGCCGCGUUCUACAGGAUGUGCGUUGCUGCUGCGGGCUUGAAAAAUUUUGCAAACGUCGGCCAUCUGGUUCUAUCAAGCCAUCGUCGGAAAGCGGGCAGCUAUAUGGCAAACAGUCAAGUCCACCAUCCAGUUUCCACUUUAUUCGAGGGAAGCUUUAUUGGCCAUAAAGACCAAUCUCAUAACUCUCACAGCAGUAUGCCUACUUCUUCCUCCUGCGCUUGGCAAGGCCGCUUCUCGGAGGUAUUUUGCGAUUGCGACGUGCAUGCCCAGCUCCAUUCUUAGCUACUGCUGCAGAGUUACCCGAGUUACGGUCCGAUUGGGUUCGAGAAGAAACUCCCGGUUGGGUGGUAGGACUCGGGAGUCUCGUUUCCAACGGCACACAAGUUCUACCAGAACGAAAGUGGCUACGCGCGGUACGUGUGUUCGGCUCUUGCAAAUCAAUGCUACUUCUGCUUGCAAUCGCAUCUAAUUCUGCAUCUCGUGGGCUUUGCCAACCCUGCCUGAAGGGCAGCAAUGCGGGUGCCACGAUUAUGCGCACUGAAUUCAUCUUUCUGCUGCGUUUCACUGUCCGAAUCUUGAACAAUUGUUCGAGCGGAGAACUCAAGUGAGUCACGUCCAUCAGCAGCACGAGUUCCUACCACAUCAUCGUAUUGACGGAAUCGAACACGCGAACCACUCGGUGGGCCGUUUGGGACUCGGGUCGCAAUGUCUUGAACCGCCUCGUUUCGGGAUUGCUCGGCCUCUCCAUUUCCUGUACGUGCAUCUAUUACAGGAGUAGGUGAUAGAUUGCUUGCCUGUGCCACUUCCAAUUCUUUUCUUUGCGCGCGUCUCUGUGCCCCCAAGUUUUCGCGGUACUCGCGGCUCGCUGUUUCCAUUUUCAGCUCGAUGAGGAGCUUUAUCAGCCAGUCGUCUUCCCCUUGUGCAAAUACCGAAAGUCCUGGGCUAGCGCGAAGAUCCUGAACAAUUUCAUCCAUCAGGUCCCAUUUCACUCGCGAGGCCUGAUUGUACGUAAGGAACUCAUAUAUCUUCAUUCCUUUUAAGCGCCUACGCAAUUGCGUAUCAACAAUACGGUAUGCACGCUCAUUUCUAGCUCGAUCGUCCUGUUGACCCUCAAAUUCCAACAGCUUCUUCUCAGGAUUGUUUGGAUGCUUCUGAUUGUGAUUCUUGAUGUAAUUGUCCGCAUAUCGCGCCGGGUUGCGUCGCCUAGAAGGGUCGAGCGGAGAAUUCACCUCGAUAGGGAGACCGGAUUUCUUUUUCUGUCGUAUGGGCCGAGGAAUGAGGGGUCGAGUCAUGUCGGCUGGAGAAAGGUUUCUCAGUUGAGAGAAACAGAAAUGUUAUGGUUAGAAAUGGAUUUCUGUCUGUCUCCGGGCGAAGUGAACGUGGUUUACGCAAUGCUCAAUUCAUGAGAUGUCCCAUGUGAUCUGCACAUUCACGACUCGGACACGGGUAUAUAGAACAUGAAAUCAAUGUCAAUAUUUUUACCGAUGGAUAAAAGGUGUCGAAGAAGACUAUGCUACGACAAAAGCGCGACGCAAAUGUACGUAGACGGCAACAGCAAUUGCCUCCUCUGUCAUCUGGACCGUUUUUUUCGACAGAAGCGGCUACACAACAGCGACAGCGUUUUAGAGAGUUGAAUGAUUCCUCCGGCGGAAAUGGAAAGAGCGAUGCACAUCAAUCAAACAGUGGUACUCAAUCUGUCCCUUCGAGCAAUCCCGGCUACCCCAGCAUUGAAGGUGUCAUCGACACAGUGCAUCAGCCGGGAUCACCCACACUUCCAUUGUUACAACCGCACGGUGACUUGUUUGUAGUGGCCCGCGGAUCCAGCGGAGAGCAAAACAAUUUAAGCGCAGCCAAUGCCGUAAAAGUCUAUGGAGAUGAUGAGAUUACACCGGCGGAUCACAAUCAAAGCGGCUACUCGCGGGAUCGGCAGGGGGGAGGGACACAAUCUGAUUUCGGGGAUGUUCUCUUGGCGGCAUAUACAAGUUCUGGUUCAAGUUUUCUCCAGUCCAUACAAACACUAGCAUCUCACAUUCAAGAGGAAGGCGAUGCUGGACUGGAUACAAGCUCAUCAGAGUCCGAUGGUAAUGCUGCCUCACCCUUAGUUCAAAGCAGUUUUGAUGAGAUGACGGCACCAAGUACUGGGACAGCAACUAUUCCAUUUCAGAGAGCAGCAUAUGAUCGAUUCCUUUCCUUUUGCAGAAGACAUAAGGAACUAUUCAGGCUUUGCGUCGACUUUUCGGUGAAGGGGACCGUAAUGAAACGGAUAUGUAAGGUUAUUGGGAAUCUGCAAAAACAGCUAACCGGUAACACACUCAUGCAGUACAAGGGAUGGAAGUCUGCCCCACGCAACUUGAUCAAAUACUCUAGGCUUGAUACUGUCAAAUUUAUGUGUUGUCGGGGGCAUAUGCUGUUGAGAGGUGUGUCCAGCACACCAGACAAUGUUGUUUUCAAGAUAUGCGAUAAAGAAGGCAUGGCGCCCGACCUCACAACUUUUGAGGCCCUUCCACUGCUUUGGAGGUGGAAAGCCUGGGUUGCUGACGAGGCGAGCUGUAAAUCCCUCUAUGGCUAUCGUCACGAAAACUAUACCAAUGCACCGGACUCUGGGAACCAAUACUUCUCCGACUACUUUGACGGAUCGGUUUACAAACAGCUUGUGGACAAACUUGGUGGUGAGGAUGCGGUGAGGUGGGACUUGUUUCUCGCUGUUUCUUGCGAUGGUUUUCAAACAUUUGAGAACAGCAGUUACGAUUGCUGGCCCAUCACUGCCCUCAAUCUCAAUCUACCUCCAGAACUAAGAUUUCUUUUGCGCAAUGUUGUUCCUUUACGCUUUGUCAAGGGUCCAAGGCAACCGAAAAAGAUAGACACAUUUCUGUACCCUUUCAUUGAUGAGGUCAAUUCUAUCAAUAGUGGUGGUGGUACUGAGCUUUCUUUUUACGACGGUGCCACACAAAAGGUUUGCGUCCAUGUUAUGGACUUUACGGGUGACAUUCAAGCAGUUGCAAAAAUUUGUGGGACCGUUGGGCCCAACGGUAAAUCCCCUUGUCGGUUUUGUGUGUUUCACGGUUUUCAUAAAGGCAGGUCGAAUCACUAUUACUUUCCGUCAAA